AUGAAUAGCUUCAUGGGCAUAUGGGGGGUAUCUGAAGAGGAAAGCCUUCGACGUUACCGGCACCUUCCCACAAAGCGAGCAUUGGGCGAGUUCAUAGACUUUAUGGUCGAACGGAAGCGAAAGAGUACGAUUACACAAUCGAACGAAGACAGAAUCCACUCAAGCACAUCGUCCAAGAACUCCCUCGAAAGUUUGGAUCGUCAACAGGCAAGAAGAGAAAAUACGACCCUGACAGUCACCGACCUAGACAUUCCGACUCGAACUCUCUGGCGUAAUAAUGAGUACCAUGUGAAGCAUGACCGGAUGCGAGCUCAACUCACAUGGUUUCUCUUGCUGCACGCGUACACCGGUGCUCGGGCUAGCACUUUCAUCGAAGGAUACUUCCACAAGGGCACUGGGAAGUGUUCAACAUACAAGGACGUCCGAUUGCACGUCUAUUGGCGAGCGAACGGAACUCCUGGAUGGAUGCUUGAGCUCACUGAGCGGUUUACCAAAGCGAACCCCGAUCCUAUGGAGAACAGUAUGCGUGUAAUUAUGAAGGACAAAGAGGGCUUCCUUCGUGAUCCGGUGGUCUUUUCCCUAGCUCUCGCUUUCGUAGACGAGGCUCUUCUGGGUAUCGACUCUGUGGACCAAUUCUGGAUGAUUCGACCUCCAGGCAACAGAAAUUACUUGGCAGAUGAUAGGUUCGGGCAAGAUUACAUCUCAACAAUAUCCGCUAUCGACGGUCAGGCUAUGUUCUUGGGGGAUAUUCCUGACGUAGAGCAGAUCAAUUGUCCGAGUAGUGCUCGUCGUUACCGAAAUGUCAAUCUGCCUCAAAACCUACCGGCCAAAGAGGCCGCUGCUUAUGAGCAAAGUCAAAAGAUGAGGAUUCUUCGUAACAGGCUAGAAAGCCGCUUGCCAGGAGACCAGAAAGAAUAUCAGAAGACUAUAAAAGAGCGAAAGAUUCUGAGGAGGCAAGCUCUCAAAAAUUAUCAGAAUCAGUGGCUUCGAGACGAGUAUCAGCGAACAGUAUCAACCGGAGGAUUGGACUGUGCAAAACAGAUCAGCGCUCAGAAGAAUUUCGAUUUCCUACAGCGCUUUAUGCCCGAACGCGCUCGCUUAGCUGGAAUGAUAGGAAUAUUGAUUCCAAGCAUCUUAGCAAACAUCUACAAAGGAUUUUAUGGCCAAUACCUUGUCCACAUCCGCUUUGCAGACUCGAGAUUGGAGACGAGGAGAGCUUCGAUCACCACAUGGUUGACACGCAUGGCAACGUAUCAGUUGAAGCGGAAGCACGAAGAAGGAAUUACAAAUGACAAGAAGAAGAAGAUCAAGCCAGAUGUUGGCGAAAAGAAACCCUAUCGCCCAAGGCGAACAGUCGGUCCCCGCGACGUUCCCUGCCCUUCAAAUGUUUUCCGGAUCUAUGACAUUGGUAUGAAUUUGGAUGCUGCUUUCGCCGACGCCAUGAAUGCCUUCAAUGUUGAGUCAGAAGCAUCUCCACUCCCAGCAAUAGCUUCGGAGUCAGCUAUCGGAGGGAUCUUAGAGACCGGAACACAGGGACCCUCAGCACCAUCAUCGAACUUGACCGGACAAUCGCAAACGACGACCAUCUCUGAAUGGGGUGUGGACCUCCCCAUGUCUGAACUUUCACAGGACAAUACGUUUGAAGGCACAGGGAUAGUCGAUGAUUAUGACGUCUUUGAUGAUUUUCUUUGCGCCGGGGAGACCGAGGACCAAGACCGAGGACCAUGUUUUUAUUGA